AAAACAAUUCAACAGCUGAUUGUUAUUCUUAUCAAGUGCUAAUAAUUUUGCUUAAAGACUUUUUAAUUUGUAAAGAAGUUCGAAAUAAUAUUUAAAAUGUCGGGGCCUUACAAUUGGCAAAAGUCUACAGAGCGACAAAAUGCGACGCAAUCUCAAUUAGUAGCAAACAGCUACGAUAUCCUAGAGCGAAGCUCUGCGAGCAUACAGCGAUCCAAUCAAGUUGCAAUUGAAACUGAACAGAUAGGCACUGAAGUAUUAUCUGAAUUAAAUGAGCAACGGGAAUCUUUAUUGCGUUCUACGCGGCGGCUUCAAGACGCAGACGCAGACAUUGUGCAAUCAGGAAGCGUUAUAAGAAAACUGCGACGCGAAGUGCUUUAUAAUAAAUUAAUUUUAGUUGUCAUUAUAAUUUUAGAAAUGUGUAUAUUAGCCGGAUUGCUAGUGCUCAAAUUUGUACAUUUUUAGCCUGAUAUUAAUAAGGCAAAGGAAUUGAAUACUCUUGUAAAGGAAACCGCAAUGACACAGACACCUUUCAAAACAACUAUAGCAUGGCGUAGAAAAUCUAUAUAACCGAAAACCAGAACCGACCACCAGAAAAAUAUUUGGUGAAAAACACAACAUAAAAUUAACUAAGCUUUACUCGAAAUCUUUCAAUUCAUUACACACAAUUCUUUUUAUUAAACAUUUAUGUAAACAACAUUUUUCCUAGAGCAUAAGCUAAACCAAUAUUUCCGAGUGCGUUUACGCUAAAAGUAGUGCAACAUUUCUAAGAAAUCUGUAUUUUUAUAUGUAUUAAAUAACGAUUACUAAUCAAUACACAUCCAGACGUAAAUAUUUAUGGGUGUAUAUUAUAAUCGUAGUAGUAGUAUUUUAUAAAUGAUAUAUGCAUUUGUAUGUAUGCAGUUGUGUAUAUU